AUGGGUCUUUUUUCUCUUCUCAACUGGCGAAAUGGCCAAGGAAAAUCCACUUUUCCUUCCCAGCAGCUCUUUGUGUUGGGUGAGUGGCUUUCCCCAGAAACACUUACGAGACUAUGUCGAAUCUGCGAACCCAUCGCUUUCAUGUCCAUCUUCCCAUAUGUUUAUCACAUGGUCUCUUCUUUUCAUGUAACCGAUGAUGACCGUAAAAUUGCUCUAUAUGCAGGUGCAGUAACGUCGGCAUUCACGUUCGCUGAAUUCUGUGCCGGGGUAUUCUGGGGGCGCAUGAGCGAUGCCUUUGGAAGAAAGCCUGUAUUGAUUAUGGGCCUUUUUGGCACUGCAUUAAGCAUGUUACUCUUUGGAUUCGCUUCUAACCUACCAAUGGCACUUCUUGCCCGGGCGCUCGGUGGCCUUCUCAACGGCAAUAUCGGCGUUUUACAGACCACUGUCGCAGAGCUAGUCACCAAGAAGGAACACCAGCCUCGCGCGUACUCCAUUAUGCCAUUUGUUUGGUGUCUUGGUUCAAUUGUUGGUCCGGCUUUAGGAGGAGCGUUGGCACAACCUUGCGACAAUUACCCAUCACUAUUUGCCCGGAACACCAUUUUCGAUAGAUACCCUUUCUUACUCCCCAACCUGGUAUGCAUCGCGGUUCUUAUUGUUGGAAUUACUAUUGGGAUUCUCUUCCUCGAAGAAACCCAUGCUGAGAAGAGGCAAAAACGCGAUAGAGGCCUAGAACUUGGUGUAUGGCUUCUCCGCAGACUCGAUGAUACCGGCGUGGGGGCUGAAAAUAUGUUUGGUCAGCCAGCACAGGACAGCGUGCCGUUCUUGUAUGAAGAGCCGCCUGUCGGGUACAGUAGUACCGAAAAUUCACCCCGUCUUGCCUCCAUGAAGGCACCAGCUAUUCCGCCAAUUGAUUGCUGCCACAAACAGCAUAAAUCAUUUGUUCGGAUAUUUACACCAAGAGUCAUUUAUAUUAUCCUAGGUUAUGGAAUCCUUGCUUACCACAGUGUUUCCUUUGAUCAACUGAUGCCGAUAUUUCUCAGCACUCCUAUCUCAAAUACACCCGUCCACUUGCCUUUCAAGUUUCAAGGAGGCAUGGCUUUGUCGACAAAAAUAAUUGGUCUUAUGAUGGCUGUCCAAGGGGUAUAUUCCAUGAUCGCCCAGUUGUGGCUUUUCCCUUGCAUUGUCCGGAUCUUUGGCACUCUUAGGACCUAUCGACUUGUUAUGUGCGUAUGGCCGCCACUGUAUCUCGCUGUGCCAUACCUUGUUCUUCUGCCCUCAGCAGUACAGAUUCCCUUUGCCUAUAUCGCCUUGGUAUGCAAGAUAACUCUACACGUAAUCGCAUUUCCGUCCAGUGCGAUAUUACUUGCGAACGCCGCUCCUUCGAAAAACGUGCUAGGCUCAAUCAACGGAGUUGGUGCAUCAGUCGCAAGCUUGAGUCGAUCCCUUGGGCCGACGUUCACCGGAUUUCUACAUUCUCGAGGACUUGAGUCUGGAUAUUCCAUAUUAUCUUGGUGGGCAUGUGCAUUAAUUUGCGCUAUUGGAGCCGUUGAAAGUUUCUGGAUCGAUGAAGAGGAUCAAAAUGUCCCCGAACUGUUGGAAAAAGUUCCUAUUGAUGACUGCGAAACUGGAAUUCAAGUUGUCGGGCCAUCUAUGCUUGCGAAUCCCCACAUUGAUGACUUGAUGUUCAUCUCGCCGUCUUCACCGAGUUACUACGACGUCAACGGCACUUCCGCCACUUUCGAUGACAUUGUAGAGCUGGAUCUCAAUCACAACUAG